GGAAGGACUGCCCAAGUACGUGAAGCAGCAAGCUCGAGGCCGCCGCCGUCGCCAACGUCAAGCCCACAAGAAGCCCAACAUGGCCCGUGGACCGAAAAAGCACUUGAAGCGUCUCAACGCUCCAUCAUCAUGGAUGCUCGACAAGCUGAGCGGUACCUACGCUCCCCGUCCCUCCCCCGGUCCCCAUAAACUCCGAGAAUCCCUGCCUCUCACCGUUUUCUUACGUAAUAGGCUCAAGUAUGCCUUGACCGGCAAAGAAGUCCUCUCGAUCGUAAUGCAACGCUUGAUUAAGGUCGAUGGCAAGGUCAGGACCGAUACUACGUACCCUGCCGGCUUUAUGGAUGUCAUCACGAUCGAGAAGUCGGACGAAUACUUCCGUCUGCUGUAUGAUGUCAAGGGCCGCUUUACGAUCCACCGUAUCACCGCUGAGGAGGCGACUUACAAGCUCCUCAAGGUUCGCAAAAUGGCCACUGGCGCGAAGGGUGUCCCAUACAUUGUGACGCACGACGGCCGCACUAUCCGCUACCCCGAUCCCCUAAUUAAAGUAAAUGACACCGUGAAGUUCGACCUUCAGCAGAGCAAGAUCGUCGAUUUUGUGAAGUUUGAUACUGGCAACAUCGUUAUGAUCACUGGUGGCCGUAACAUGGGUCGUGCUGGUGUCAUUGUGCACCGCGAGAAGCACAUUGGUGGCUUCGACAUUGUCCAUGUGAAAGACUCUUUGGACCGGACAUUCGCGACGCGGAUUUCCAAUAUCUUCGUUCUUGGUGAGGGCAUUAAGCCCUGGAUCUCCAUGCCAAGAGGCAAGGGUACGAAGCUCACGAUUUCGGAGGAGCGGGAUGCCAGGAGGCGGCAGCGGGCGGCCGAGCAGUAAACGUCGUCGUGGUUUGCAUCUUUCAUGUCUUUACCUUGUCCCCGUGAUUAUGCCAUGCUCUGUAUGCCAUCUUCACGACAUCAAAACCGCUGCUUAUGCGCAGGG